UGUGUCAAAUAACUCGUUACUUUUGUGACUGUUGGCAGCAGAAACACAGAUUUUUGUUCAUCGAUGGUAAAAAGUUUAUUGUAAUCGUAUGCAAUUACGAUAAGUGUAAUUUAAAAUAGAAGUGUAUGUUAAAUUUCAAUAGCCUUCAGAUAGUGUUUGACAUAUAAACCCAACAAAAUGUCCUUUGCGGAGAAAAUCACAGGAUUGCUGGCGCGGCCGAAUCAAGCAGAACAAAUGGGCGGCAUAGAUGCGCCGUGGUACAUGAAGUAUGCUGGAAGAUUAUUGGGUAUUGUUGGCGCUUUCUUCUGCAUACUAUUUGGAUUAUGGAAUGUCGUCGGCAUUCUACUGCUCAACGUUUCCUGCCUCAUCUCGGGCAUCAUACAAAUGGUGGUCGGAUUUGUAGUGAUGGCACUGGAAGCGCCUUGUUGCUUUUUCUGUAUAGAAUAUGUAAGCGAUAUUUCAAAUAAAGUAGAUGCACGUCCAUUAUGGAAUCGUGCCGCCUUCUAUUGCGCAAUUGCUAUACCUCCCAUCAUUUUGUGUCCAGGACUGGGUAGUAUUUUUGCAUGUGGUCUUGUAUUCGGAACAGGCGUGAUAUAUGGCCUCAUGGGAUUGGGCAAAAAGGCUUCCGCCGAUGAAAUGCGUCAAGCAGCUGUGAAUUCCGGCUUCGCGGGCACACCCACGGGCGUCGCAACGAACGAUCGCGCCAGCAUUGUGAAUAAUGCACAACCGUUCUCCUUUACAGGCGCCGUGGGCACAGACAGCAAUGUGUGAUAGCGUAGAUAUGACUGCAAAAUCAAGCAAACCAUUGGAAGCGUUGCACAGAGAAGAAGUUGACAAAUGCCAUUCAGAAAGAAAAACAGAACAACCGACAAAACCAGGCUGUCCUGCCGAUCAGCUGCGUUCACUGCAUACUAUAUAUGUGCAUACGUGUGUAUUAGUUAUAUAGUGCAAGUGCCUCUUUUAAGUUAAAUGUCUUCAAAAUGUAAACGGUUGAAGUGCGAACUUGCAGUUGUAGUGCAAUUCGUAGUGACAUCCCUGGCGCAGAAAUAGAAAGAUCUCUGUCAACUCCGUUAGACAACGCCUUCACUGGUUUUAAUAUUUAUUUACUUAUAGCUUGCUAAAAUGUUUCAUCAUAUACAUAUUAACUUUUCGGAUGGUUAAAGUAAUGAGAAUGGUUAAACUUGAUUCGUUGCUACUUUCCUAAAUAUAAAUGCAUACUUAAUUUCUAUUUGUACAUAUAAUUUUUUGUUUAAAGUUGAUAAUCUGUUAAUUUGUCCAAUAAUGACACAAUCUCUUAUCCAAUUGUUCUCGUUACGAAAUUUUUGCAUUCCAUUUGUGCAAGUGAAAUUUUCCUUAAGUUAAAUAGAUAUGAAGUCUGGAAAAAAAAUUUAAUUUUAUAACUAAACUUCGUAAAAUGUCUUUUAAAUUACAAUAUUAAUUAACAAAAAAAUUGGCUUAAGUUACUAAAAAAUUAUUGAAUAUUUCAUGUGUCUUUGUAGUAAAUUUUAUCAUCGUACUUCUCACGUUUCAUGCUAUCUUAAUAAUAUUUUACGCGCAACAAUCUAGAUAAAUAUUUUAGAAAUUUGUGCGUUUGGUUCAGAAACAACUAUACAAAUAAGUAAAUGUUGAGCAAACUAAAUAAAUACCAACCAUAGGCAAACUAAAAACAAAA